AUGUUUGGCUUGGGUAAAUUAUUUUACGUCAUAGUGUUGGCCAUAAAUGGAAUAGCUGUUCUAAGUGAAGACAGGUUUUUGAAUAGAAUUGGAUGGGGAUCAACAACUGCUUCAGCAAAUGGCAAUGCUAAUUUACAGAAUCAAUUUAAUCAGUUUAACACCGGGUUGGAGAGUAGUGAAGGAUCAAUCAAGACUAAGUUGAUCAAUCUAAUAAGUGCGGUUCGAACAUUAUUGAGGAUACCGUUGAUUGCUGUGAAUAUAUUGAUAAUCUUAUAUGAGAUAGUGUUAGGUUGA